UGUUAAUAACUAUUACCUUAAUUUGUAAAACACUUGAACUAUAACUAAAUAACAAUACAUCGCAAUUCAGACAUCUUAUUUUCUAAGUCUUUUUUUGAUCUUUUUGAUUUAUUUUAGUCUUCACUAAAUUAAUAUGAAGAUUAUAAAUUUGAUGGACAAUAAUUAAUGGAAAAUUUUCAAUUGAAAAAGCAUGACUUUAGUGAACACUAAAUAAGGAAGAGUGGAAAAAAUUUUCUUUCAUGUUUCUGUUUUGUUUCAUAUUUUUAUUUUCAAAAUUUCAAGCUUUGAUUUUAGUUAUAGAUUUGAUUAUUUUAUUUGAUGGUAGAAGCAUUUUUAUUUUUUUGUUCAUUUAUUUGAACAUGUAAUAUAUUUUUAAUAAAUGACUGUGUUGACAAUAUGACUCUAAAAUUCAGAUAAUAUGAUCUCAAACAAAAUAAUUAUGUUUUUUGGUAUAAAACCGAAUAAACCAAAAACCGACGGUAUAUAAACCGAACUGAACCGAAGUAAAUAUAGAUUUAGAAUGAUAGUUAUAUUUUACUAACCGAAAUACCGAAAACCGAAAAAAAACGAAUCGAAACCGAACCGAUAUCUGGAUUGAAAACCCCUACUCUUAAGGCUUGCCCUUCCAAUAAAAAAUAAUUUAAAAUCAUGCGGGUCCCACCAUUAUUUAAAACAUGUAUUUUUUACCUCUUCCAUAAGAGGUGAGUUUGUGAGGGUUUUGCCACUUUUUGCAGGUUCCACUGACACGUGACGACCCGCGAUUGGUCCAUUUUUAAUUUUUUUUUUUAAAUCGGAUAAAACAAAAAAAAGUAAUAAAAAAAAGAUUAGAAUCCACGCUCUCUCCCCUUUGCGUUAAUGCUGCUCUAAAAGAUGAGGUUUAAGAACUUUUGUACACUCUUUUUGAUAUUUUUAAUAUUUUUUAUUUUCCUUUAACUAGUAAGAAUUUUUCUAAUAACUCCUUGUUUGAGCAAAAAAGAAAAUGGAGGAGAGAAUAACUUUCCAUGUGCAACUUGCAACCAACCAAACCCUUUAACAGCCUCUUCUAGACCAACACAAGCGGGGGCAAGACAAGCUACAACACGUGUCUAGAUCACAAUCCGUACAGGAAAAACACACAUGUAGGCUCCAACACGUGUUCGGAUCACAGGCAUUAUAAAACCCUAUAACCAUUGGCUCAGUGUUCCUCAGUCCAAGUAAAAUCUUGUAUACAGAGAGAAAUGGACGGUAGGGGAGGGUGUUGCAUUGCAAGGUACACCGACUGAGCUGGACGGUACGCUUAUGAUCUCUCUCAAGCUGAUCGCAUCAUGCUUCGAUUUCGUCCCAUCGCUCCUAAACCAACCAGCGACUACGGCUGCGGAGGAAAGCCCGUAUCCAGCGGAGAGAGCUUUUCCGGAAGCUCCAACGUUUCCUUUAGAGGAAAGAGGAAAUGUCAGCAGACGGAGAACGGAGGUAGCGCUAGGAGGUGCACUCGGCGGAAGAAAUUGGAAAAAACCGUAGCUCACGGCGGGGAAGCUAAGGUGACUCUAUCUCUGUUGCCGGAGAGGCCCGGUCAAAGUGCUUUUACAGAUAUGAAACUGUCGGUGGCGUCUGCGGAGAAGCAGAAGCGGCAGGGUCCGUUUUGGCUGAGUUUAAGCGAUGGCGGCGGGAUGAUUACUCAAACUUACCAGUCGGUGGAGGUCAUGGGGAGAACGGUGGUGAUUUCUUCGUGUAUGACGGUGGAGCGUGUAACAGAUGCAUGGAAUGACGGUUACGGCCUGGGGAGGUCCGACGAAGAAAGGAAGAUGAAUCUCGUGAGGGACACGUGUCCUGGUUUCAUAUCGGACGGUUCAGGUAGAGUGACGUGGACAAAUGAGGCGUACAGGAAGAUGGCGAGGGAUAACAUUCGUGUUAAAGAAGGUGCACCGGAGAACAAGAGCGGCGAAAGUUUCCACGUGAUCGUACGGUUGGUGAUGAGGGAGAGGCCGAUGCUAACGUACACGGCUUUCACAUGCAGGAUGACACUACAGUUCACGUGUCAAGAUCGUGAGAGAUGCUCCGUCACGGUGCCUUGCGACGUGUGGAGAAUGGACGAUGGACGUUAAGGCCGCUUUGUGCCUUUGACCGGGAAAUAUAUAUAAUGUACUGGUACCGCACCGUAAGAUCAGUAUAGUCGCGAGCAGCGACGAAACUGUCCUGAUCGUGCACUGCAUGAUCUCUUCGAAACAAAAUAUGCUUUAGUAAAAGGCAAGUCUCUAGCUUUUUAUUUUAAGCAUAAUAGAUCAUGUCGUUUUUAUUCUGUAGUCUUUGCUUUUCUUUUUUCCUCGAGUGUAAUUUGUUUGGAGUUCUUGUGUGCAUCUUUUUGUUUGCACUAACGCAUUGGUGAUGCUAAUUUGUUUAAAGGUAAUUAAUUGUAAGUGUUAAACAUAAGAACAAUUGUAAGUAUUUAAUGCAUUUAUCGCCUGUGUCAUAUUUCACGGCGAGGUCGUCACCGUCCAACUGCAAAAUCCAAAAGUGGUCCAAACACAAAACGUGCUUUCUUGAUCGCUUCAAAUGAAUGUGACCCAACUGGUUUGAAACGUUAAUGUAUAAUAUGAUAUGAUUGAACCGGUAUAUAUUUUUCGAUUGGUAUAUGCCUUGUAAAAUGCUCUAUUAUUCGACUAUUUCAACGAUCCGAUUCAAUCAAAUAUCUAAACCUGCCUCUUGUAUAAUUUGUUGUUUGUCCUUUCACUAUAUUCUGAAUUCCUCUUUUCGUUUGAUUGUUUUUCAAUCAAACUAUAUGGAUUAUAUUUGAAAGAGUUCCUGAAACCAUUCCUAAGCUUAGAAUUUUCUACAGAGGAUUUAAAGGUGUGGAAAUAAAAUUUGUUUGGUGCAAAUUUUUAGGUAGUUACUUUCUUGAAGAGAUUUUCGAGUCGAACUCACAAUUUGAUUUUGGUUUCUUUACCCACAUUUUGAACAAACAAGGAAUAUAACAAAGUAACUACCCAAUGAAAAGGUAACAUGUCGAGCAAAAGAAAACAAAAGAGGAGAGUAAAGAACAAAUGUUGUACUACAGUCUACACCUACAAUAGCAAGAAAUAUCCAGCGUUACGUGGGACAUCUAUCAGCUUUGCAAUAAUGGAAAACGUUACGUGUACCAAUGUUAACUCAGUGUGUUGUUUUUGGAGUCUAAUUCAUUAUGAUAGAAAAGAAGACGUCAAAUUCAUAAUGUCCAACGGCGUACCAAAUUCCAAAUGUAUGGCUAAGUUUUAAAGUUUUCGUUUUACACAAUGAUUAAUUAUCUUGGUUAGGGGAAAACCAAACCGAUCCACCUAAAUCUAAACUAAACUAAAGUUAUAUGCCCCAAUUAUUUGGUUAAAGAUUUAAUGAAUCUAAACAGUUUGAUUUGGUUCAGUUUUAAACCCAAUCCAACCAACAAAUCGAAGUUUUUAUUUAAUUAGAUCAUGGCUCUUCUCCACUACAAAGACUUCAAUGGACUCCCAAAAUUUCUGCUUCGAUACACCUUUCAGGCUACGCUAUAUCAGAAACUAGGAUCGGUCCGUCCUACGGGUAGGAUAUACUUUACUUGUGAUCUAGAUUAUUAUUAUUUUAUAUGGUUUUGUGGUUUGUGUUUUAGGUUUGCAUUUGCAAAAAAUGUUUAUGAUAAUAGUUUUUUUCUU